GUCUAGCUUCAAUUGACUCAUGACUUCAACUUUGAAAUAAUUUGGUAUAAUUACUGCGACUUCAAAUAACCAAAUUAAGAGAUCAGAAUAUUAAUUUGCUGAGUUUAAUAAAACUCCUGAAUUCAAAGUAUUCAAUUUGAAAGAAGAAGAUCAACUUUUUAUGGCGAAUGUUCAAGUACAAAUAUCAGAUUCCAACGUAGAGCUUUGCUUUGUCUUAACGAAUUUGUGAGUAAAUACAAUUAGCGCGCAAGUAGAAAUAUUUCGGCCGUUUAUGUUCUUUUAAGAAAUGGUCGGUAAUGGUGAAUACGAAGAUCAAAACUCCUCAAAUGCGUCAUCAUUUUGGGAGUGUCGAGAAUAUCAUCGGACGGUUAAACGCGUGGAUGCUGCAUACAAACUUUGUAAUGAAUUAUGUCUAAUGAUACAAGAACGGGCAGAAUUAGAAAAAGCCUAUUCAUCCAACCUCAAAAAAUGGUCUUCUCGGUGGCUUAGUUUCCUUGAUUCUGGUCUGGAGUAUGGCUCUGGAUCUUCCCCUUGGAAAGGAUUAUGUAAGGAAGCUGAGGCUGUAUCAAAUGCCCAUCAAAAUGUACGCAACAUCUUAAUAGACGAAAUUCAAACUGAAGUUAAGCAAUGGCAAAAAGAGCACUUUCACAAAAGUUCGUUACCUCCACAAACAUUGAAAGAAACAAAACAAUUUGAACAAGAUUUUGAAAUAGCACAAAAACAAUGGUCCAAACGUUUGAAAAAAGUUCACACUACUAAAAAGGAGUAUUAUCAAGCCUGCAAGACAGAACGUUCACUUCAAGUUCAGGUUCGGAAUGCUAAGAGUGACCCAAGUGGUACCGCUGAGCAGCUUAAGAAAACACAAGAAAAAUUAGCUAAAGCGGAAAAAGAUGUUCAUCGAACUCGUGAUGCAUAUAAAAUAGCGUUGGCUGAUUUAAAUACUGAAAGCUCACGAUAUGUUGAAGAAAUGACUAAAGUAUUUAAUCGAACACAGGAUUUUGAACGAGAACGUCUUAGUUUUUUUAAAGAGAUAUUUAACAGUCUACAUAGUGCCCUUAAUGUUUGUGCGAAAGUUGAUUACGAUUCUAUCUACAAUGAGUUAGCAGAGAGUAUAUCACAAUGUGAUGUUGAAGCAGACUUAAAUUUAUGGUCCUCAAAUCAUGGAGUCGAUAUGCCUUUUGUUUCUCCACAAUUUGAAGAGUAUUCACCAGACCUUGCAUAUAUCACAAGUAAAAAACGUGCUACACUAACUGAUCCUAAUGCUCCUGUCACUUUGACUAAUAUAACAAUGAUAAGUCAUCCAUUUGAUAAUGAGUCUGAUGAAAUAACAUCUAAUAAUUCUAAAAGUAACAAUAAUCAUAAUAAAAAAUUAGAUAAUAGUAUUGUUUCAUCAGCUAAUGGUCGAAAUCAUGAUACAAAUAAUCCUUUUGAUGAUAAAGCUUCUGCAAAUACAAAACCAACUAAUGGAGUUGAAGCUGGUGAAUAUGCUAUGAGUUCAAGUUCUGCUGCUGCUUUUGCCGGUGGUAGUGACGGCAGCGUCGAUCCUAUGUACUUUGAAGAAAUCAACGAUGCGACUUAUGAUGAUGGUCGGGAAGGUGUAAAAGUACGUGCACUAUAUGAUUAUGUUGGACAAGAUGGCGAUGAAAUCAGCUUCGUUGCUGGUGACACGUUUGAAAAACUUGAAGAACCUGAUGAUCAAGGUUGGUGUAAAGGCCGAAAAGAUGGUCGUGUUGGUCUAUAUCCUGCAAACUACGUAGAACCGUGUUUAAAAUAAUGCCACACAUAAAAUAUUUGAUCCAUCCUCUCUUUUCAUCACAUUUUGUGUGCGGCUUGUCGUUUUUUGCAACACAGUUUUACAAUUGCUUGUAUUCGUAUCGUAGAAUAUUGAACGGAUGUACGAAUGGUUAAAACACCGAAUAUAUAUCUUUUUUAUAUCUUCAUUGAUCAUAUAUAUAUAUAUAUAUAUA